AUGUCAGGAGUUCUUCAGAAUUUACGGGUUCGAAUUAUCUCGAAAAUUAUUUUUUGUCGAUUAGGAACCAGCUCAAUCCAGUCGUCGAAAAAAUUUGGGAAAAAACUACGUCAAAAGAAAACCACCAAAUUCGGUCUCCCUGUCCAAUUUCACGAACAAGUUCAGAAAUGGCAAAAGUUGAUUCAAAUUGAAAUUGAGGCGAAAUGUAAACAGUUAGAAGAAGCCAUAGCACAAGGAACUAGUUGGGAAAUUCUCGAAGAACGGAACAUGUGCGUGGCAAAUCUUAUAGUUACUGAAGACCAAACGAGUCCAGUUCUUGGGCGUUAUUUGUGCUUUAACGCUGAUCCGACGAGAACUCGAUUUUUGAAACCAGGAAUGCCAGUAACGUUAGGAAUUAUCAAAGAAAAUGCGAACCUCAAAAUAUUCGAUGACGGAUUUGUGAUCGAUCCGAUUGAAAAUCAAAUAGCUAUAAAGCUUAAAUCAGUAUCGUCGGUUCCGGAAAAUGCAAAAUUCGUGAUAUUGCCGUCAAAGGACACCGGCGUGAUGCAGAAUCUGCUAGCAAUUCUCAAGAAAAAUGAGCAUUAUCAAAAUGCGAGUGCUCAUCUCGUAAAUCUAGCAUUUCGCGGGGCAACGAUGCCAUCAAUACACGACCGAAAGAUGACAAAUUUGAACGAAAAUCUGAACCAAAGUCAAGUUGCUGCGAUUUCGGCUUCGCUAAAUGAUCGCCGUCCGUUUUUGUGUAUUCAAGGACCACCGGGAACUGGAAAAACGCGAACCAUUGCUGAAAUUGUUCGGCUUUUAAUAAAUAAAAAUAAGAAGGUUUUGGUAUGUGGUCCAACCCAUAUUGCAGUUGCCAAUGUAAUGAAAGCUACAAUUAGAAGUAUUCAACAAACUCCCGAUGGAAAAGCUUCUCCAGAAGCGCUUGCUCGUGGAACUGACAAAGAUCAAGAUCUCAUAGACCAUCCAGACUUUCCAAAACUUGAAAAUCUCAACAGGGAAUUGAAUCGCAAUUUAACCAAUAAGUCAUUAGAAAGUGCGCUAAACAAUUUGAAAUACAAAAUGUUUUGUGAAAUUUAUGGAAACAAGCGCGGAAUUUUCUCAACAAUCUCAGCUUCAUUCAUUCCAUGGCUUAUUAAUUUGAAUUGGUUUCCGGAUGUGCUGAUUGUUGAUGAAGCUGCGCAAUGCAUUGAACCCGCGAUUUGGUCAUUAGUGUUGAGCACGGUGAAAUGCAAAAGACUUAUCCUCGUCGGAGAUCCUCAGCAAUUGCCUCCAAUUGUUGUGUCGGAAGAAGCCAAAAAUGGCAAUCUUCAUGUUUCACUUAUGGAAAGGAUGAUGAAAGAAUUUGCGAAUAGCAAUAUAAGUGUAUUACUUAAAGAGCAAUAUAGAAUGAAUUGUAAAAUAAUGAGUUGGUCCAAUGAAAAUUUCUACAAUUCGCAAUUGAUCGCACACGAAUCGGUCGCUAAUAUCACGUUGAGUGACUUGUAUCCUGAUUUGAAAUCCAACCAAAUUUUGAAUUCUCCCUUAUUAAUGGUGAAUACAGAAAAUCUCGAAAAUCGAUCAAAAGAAGGAAGAAAUCAACAUUCAAUAGUAAAUAUUGAUGAAGCUCGAAUUGUGUCAGAAUAUGUGCAUUCUCUCGUUCGAAACCACAACGUCGAAGUUGAAGAUAUCGCAAUUAUUGCUCCAUAUUAUGCACAAGUAGAGCAUCUUCGAGGCAUUAUUCGAAUUCGAAAUCUGCAUAUUAACACAGUUGAUGCAUUUCAAGGCCAUGAGAAGCAAAUUGUCAUUUUCUGUCUUGUCAGAGAUAAUCCUAGGGAACUAAUCGGUUUCCUUCGAGAUUCACGACGUCUUAAUGUCGCAAUUACACGAGCAAAACGACAAUUUGUUCUAAUUGGAAGUGCAAAAAUGAUGAAAAAGGAUCCAUAUUUAAGAUCACUACUGAAUUACUUUAAAGAAGGAAAUGUGAUUUUCGAUAUCAAAUCAAUAGGAAUUCAAUAA